CUGCCCUGGGACUGAGUCUGCCUCGACCCUCUGCCACUGAAUGAAGCAUCUUCCAGGGGAGCAAGAGGAGCCGAGACAGCCAGAGAAGUGAGGGGCGGCCGGGCCAGCAUCUCGCCUCCUGUGGCAGAGUCUGAGACUCUGGACAGGUCAUCCUCAUGCCACUUGUAAAUAACAAAGUGGGCAAUGACUCCACAGUUGGCAAAGACCAGGCUUUGGCUGAUGGGAAGGCUUUGGUGGAUUCUCUCGUGAAGGUGGUGGCAUGUUACCGACACCUGGCCUCGUGUGUCGGCAGCUGCACCGACAGCCUGCAGCUGCGGGACGAGCUCCGGCAAACCCGAGAAAAGGCCCAGAAGUUGUCCGCCGCCAUCUGCCAGCAUCUCACGUCCCACCUCCGAGACAAGAGCCUUCCCGAGGACCAGCGCAAGGAGAUGGAGCUGCUCUGGGUGUCCUUCUCCUCCAGUCUAGAGCUCCUCCACGUUGACAUGUGCAAAGUUUUUAACGCCGGUGACCUUUUCCCCCUGGCUAACACUGCCACGCUGGUGAAAACUGGACUGCAGGGAGGAGGCACGGAGGUGGCAGCCCGGGCCCUGAGCGUCCCCGACCUGAACCAGGCCCCGGCCGCGGCCCUGCCCGACGGCCUGGAGAGCCAGGAGCGCAGCACCAUGGAGCAGGAGAUCGGCCGAAUCGACCACAUGAUCGACGACAUGGAGCUGAAGGUCAACGUUCUGCGCUGGAUGGUGGAGCCCCGCGGGCCGCAGUACGCCGACCCCCUCAGCAGCGCCGACAGCGCCUCCCUGGCUCUGCUGUCCGUGGACGAGGAGCAGCCGGGCCAGCAGCCCCUGUGCCAGCGCAGUCUGGUCUUUGUGCUCCUGCUGCUGUUCGCUCUGGUUUCGGUGGCGGUCACUUUAUCUGUGUGUAUAGUCCUUUUUUCAUGAACAAAA